UAGCUUCUUGGUCAACUACUCAAACACAAUUAAGGAUUAAAUCGAUCGCUAAUAUAAUGAAGAAAAGAAAAGAAAGAGAACAGGAGUACAACCAAUUAAACAAGCCAUCCAUGGAGCCAUUGUACAUUUUAAUUAAGAAGACUCAACGACUUCUCCUCUCCACUCAGAAAAGAAAGCAGAACUCCACUCUUAUCUCAAUCAUUUUUUCCCUAUCAAACGCUCCUCCCCUCACUCAAAAAUAAAAUGGCAGAAGCUUUUGCAGCCGAUAUUGCAAAAUCCCUUUUAGGGAAGUUAGGCUCUUUCGCUGUUCAAGAACUUCGUUUGGCAUGGGGACUUGAAGAUGACCUUGCACGUCUUGAAGAGAGAUUGAAAGCCAUCAACGUGGUGCUGUCCGAUGCUGAGAAGCAACAAUCAAAGAAUGACAGGAUUCGGCUCUGGCUCCAUAUGCUCAGAGAAGUCUUGUAUGAUGCAGAGGACGUGCUGGACGAAAUCGAGUGCGAAACUUUGCGAAGAGAGGUGGUGAAAACAACAGGGAGCACCAGCAGAAAGACUCAACGACUUCUCCUCUCCACUCAGAAAGCGGAACUCCACUCUUAUCUCAAUCAUUUUUCCUAUCAAACACUUCCCCCCUCACUCAAUAAGAAAAUGGCAGAAGCUUUUGCAGCCGAGAUUGCAAAAUCCCUUUUAGGGAAGUUAGGCUCUUUUGCUGUUCAAGAAUUUCGUUUGGCAUGGGGCUUUCAAGAUGACCUUGCACGUCUUGAAGAGAGAUUGAAAGCCAUCAACGCGGUGCUGUCCGAUGCUGAGAAGCAACAAUCCAAGAAUGAGAGGAUUCGGCUCUGGCUCCAAAUGCUCAGAGAAGUCUUGUAUGAUGCAGAGGACGUGCUGGACGAAAUCGAGUGCGAAACUUUGCAAAGGCAGGUGGUGAAAACUAAAGGGAGCACCAGCAGAAAGGUACAACACUUCUUUACGAGUUCUAAUAUGAAUGCAUUCCGUUUAAGAAUGGGUCAUAAUAUAAAGAAGAUCAUAGAAAGACUAGCUGAGAUUUCAGCUCUUAAGUCUGACUUCAACCUCAGCGAGCAGGCUAUUGAUUGUAGUCAUGUCUUGCAUGAGGAAACAAAGAUGAACCGAUCCUUUGAUAGCUUUUCCGGUCUUAUCGGAAGAGAUGAAGACAAAGAACGCAUCAUCAACCUUUUAAUUGCACCUUUUAAGGUUGGUGAUGCACAUCCCCUUGUCCUUCCGAUAGUAGGAAUGGGAGGCUUGGGGAAGACAUCUCUUGCCAAAUCGGUGUGUGAUGAUGAAAAUGUAAAAAGUCAUUUUGAACUGAUUAUAAAGGCAUGUGUUUCAGAUGAUUUUUCCUUGAAACAAGUGAUACAGAAGAUUAUUAAAUCUGCAACUGGGGAAAGAUGUGCGGAUUUGGAUGAGGGUGAACUUGAAAAAAAACUUGAAGCAAUUCUGAAUGGUAGGAAAUACUUGCUUCUUUUGGAUGAUGUAUGGAAUGAAGAUGCUCAAAAAUGGUUGUUGUUGAAGCCUUUGUUAUCAAAGGGUGCUGGAGGAAGUAAGAUUAUAGUAACUACCCGUAGUCAACGUGUUGCAGAGAUUAUGGGUACUGUUACUGCGUACAACCCAAGUCUUCUUGGUCAAGAGGACUUAUUGUUCAGUUUUUCCAAAAGAUUACCUAUUCUCGGAUCUCCUUUUGGUGCAAUUUUGGAUGGCACAAGGGCUCAUUCUUCAAUCGUCAAAUCCAAAUGAGAACUUGGAAGAAGUUGGCUUGCGUUAUGUGCGCGAGUUGAUCUCAAGAUGUUUCUUCCAAGAUUAUUUGGAUAGUAUUGUUAUAGAUACCUUUAAAAUGCAUGAUUUAAUCCAUGAUCUUGCAUCAUCAUUGGCUCCAAAUGAGUUUUCAAUCAUAAGCACCCGAAACCACCAAAUUUCCAAAACGACCCGUCAUUUGUCAGUAUUUGACUCUCAUUCAUUUUUUCAUCAAACUCUCCCCAAGUUCCCAAACAACUUACAUCAUGUGCGGUCAAUAGUCUUUGCAGAUAGUGUAGUGGGGCCUACAUUCAAAACAGACAUUAGAGGCCUGGAAGCUCUUGAGCCUUUCUAGUUCGAGAGAUUGAGCUUUUUUUUCAAUUUUUUUUAUUAUAAUUGUAUUUUUUUUGUUGCUUAUUUAUUUUUUAAAUUUCAUUACUUAAUAUUUAAUUGAUUAUUAAUUAUAUAAUGUAAUUUAUUUUGGUU